AGCUUUGUUACUCUUGCGUUCCUGGAUUUCUUGUGCACUUAAAUUGAAUGCACAAAACAAUUAAUUUGAUGCGUUUGAGUACCUGUGAACACCUAGUUUAUUUGGUGAGCGGUCGCAUUUACAUUAAAGUUUGACUCUGUAAAACAAGUGCCUGACAGACAGUUAGGAAAAAAAUCUUACUUGCUAAGAAUUACCUUACGUACAAUUGAAACUAGGAUUUCUGGAAUGAGAAGAAAGGAAAAUAUUCUUCUAUACAUAUAAAAACAUAAUAUACGUAUUCAUUUUCGCUUCCUUUGAAAAAUCCUCGUUCCAAGCAUAGCCUUACUAUGUCUGGUUAAUCUUUACUGUAAUUCUAUUAGAGCUUUUGCACGAGGACUGAAGCCUUUAACUUUACUGCUCUAUUGUUAUACUAUCAUAGAGAUUUAAAAAUAAAGGGAAUAUCUGCUAGCUCAUGCAAUCAUGAGUUUUGUCUUUCGUGGGGUCAGAUCUGAUAUUGAAAGUGGAUUUUCUGGAUUCGUUCCUGAACGACGUGCUGUGCGUGUUCAUGCAGUAAGGCCAAUUAAUACCAACUCCCUGGCAUUUCUUGUCACUGUGCUGCUGCUGUUUACUGUCCUAAAUUCUCACCAGAUGUCACCAAAUUUUCUGCUAUGGCUAGUUCUUGGUAUAUUUUUGAUGGCGACAAGCCUUAGGAUGUUUGCAACUUGCCAACAACUCCAAGCUCAGGCCCAAGCUCAUGCUGCAGCUGCCAGUGGCUUGCUUGGUCGCACCGAGUUCCGUUUGCACAUGCCACCAUCAAUAGCACUUGCAACAAGAGGGAGAUUGCAGGGAUUAAGGCUCCAGCUUGCCCUUCUUGAUCGUGAAUUUGAUGACCUAGAUUAUGAAACUUUGAGAGCUCUGGAUACUGAGAAUGCUUCUGCAACUCCAUCAAUGAGUGAAGAAGAGAUCAAUGCAUUGCCUGUUCACAAAUAUAAGGUCACCGGUCCACAGAGUGAGGGAUCAUUGCCGCAACAGGCCUCAUCUUCAUCCACUUCUCCCGAGAAAAAUGAAGACUUGAGAAAGGCAGAUGCAAACGGGAAGGCUUCCUCGGAAGAAUUGACAUGCACAAUAUGCUUGGAGCAAGUUAACAUGGGAGAACUUGUUCGAAGCUUGCCAUGUUUACAUCAGUUUCAUACCAACUGUAUUGAUCCAUGGUUGCGGCAGCAAGGCACUUGCCCGGUAUGCAAACUUGCAGUUGGGUCAGGCUGGCCUGAAAACAGGAAUGGCGAGGCAGAUGGUGAUAACAUGGUUUAGCACCCUUACUCUAUUACAGUGCACAUGCAAUAAAGCUGUCUAAUAUACUCAUUAGUCAAAAUAGUAUAUGCUGCAUCUCAGUAUGUGUAUGUAUGCAUGUAUGUAUGUAUGUAUGUAGUGGCUUCCAUGAUGUUGCGAACUUUUCCUUGGUUUUCUUCUCAUCUUAUGUCAUAUUUGCUCUAUAUUGUGUU